ACAGCACACAUUACCCGCUGUGUGCGUGCGUUUGCAGGAGUGGAGGAGGAGGGAGGAAAACUCUCCUUUAUCCUUUCUUCAUUUUCAUAGCAAACUUUUCUCAGUAUGCAAACUUUUCAUCUUGUGAGAAGACUCGGGAGAGGCUCUCUGGAAGUGGGUAUGAUGUAAUGUGUUGGUGUAUUUGUGAAGUUAAUUGAAUCUACGGCUGUCAUAUUCAAUUGAUUGGGGCUUGUGGUAACUUGUGCUAGUUGAAUUGGUUGGCUGUUGCCUAUUUUGAUGCUGUGGUCAGUAGAGUCGAAGUUGGUAGUUGCAGGGCAUCUAUGCAGUUGGAAGGCGAGGACUAUGCGGUUUCAGAGUUGGGUUUGCCUCGAUUCAGUUACAUACGGGGUACAAGUGGGUAAAUGGGAUUCCCAGGCGUUUUCCUCUCUCAUUUACUGCACACGAAUUUAUUUCCGUUUUGCAGGAUUUGAGUUUAAGAUGGGUUCGGCAUGAUUUUUUGAAGGUAUACUAGAGUUGAGGGCUCACUGCUCAGGGUCUUUCGGUAGACUUUUUCUUGUCGACUUCAGUUGGAUUCAAUGGGGGAUUGCUGUUCUGAGACACCCAUGGAUUGGUUGAGGGGAAAUGUUGUUGGAGCUGGUGCUUUUGGGACUGUUAGCCUCGCCAUGAAUAAGGCUAAUGGUCAGCUCUUUGCAGUGAAAACAAUAGAGGUCAAGGAUGAAGCGAGGAGGGAUUUGUUGGGACUAGAGAAUGAAGCUCAAAUUUUGCAGGAGUUGGAUUCCCCCUGGAUUGUUAGGUCCCUGGGGUAUGAUUUUACAGAAGAGAAUGGAGUCCGGAUGGGGAACCUGUUCAUGGAAUACAUGGCAGGCGGGAGCGUUGCUGACAUCAUCAAGAAGUUUGGAGGGAGAUUGGAUGAGUCUGUGAUUAGAACCUACACCAGGGGUAUCCUUUAUGGCAUUGAUUAUUUGCAUAAGGAAGGUUUUGUUCAUUGUGAUAUCAAGGGUAAGAAUGUUCUUCUAGGCUCUUCUGGGGUAGUAAAGCUUGCAGACUUUGGGUCAGCCAAGAGAAUUACUGAUGGCUCUGGUGUACAGUUGAGGGGCACUCCUCUGUGGAUGGCACCGGAGGUUGUGAGACAGGAGUCUCAGGGCAAGGCUUCUGACAUCUGGUCUCUGGGCUGCACUGUGGUGGAAAUGGCCACAGGGAGCCCUCCAUGGAGUAAUAUCUCACAUCCCCUGGUGGCAAUGUAUAAGAUUGGUUGCAGCAAUGAGCUGCCCGAGUUGCCUCAAUCCCUUUCCCCUGAAGGGCUCGAUUUCUUAGACAAAUGCUUCAGAAGAGAUCCUGAACAGAGAUGGAACUCUACGCAGUUGUUGAAUCAUCCAUUUGUCACAGAAUGGUUCCAAGAUCAGGGCCAUCAAAAGCAUGUUGGAGCUCAAUCGCCACCCACCACUCUGGAUUUCAAUAGAGUGUGGGAUUCAGAAAGCUCUACGGCAUCAUCAGAGUUAUCUCAGACUGUUCCCCUGUUGCCUCUGCAGAUGGAGAUGAAUACCACCAAAGUAAAAUCACAAGAGUGUGAAAAAAUCUUAAGGCCUUCCCCAUUAGGCCCAUCACAUUGGAUUCAUGAAUUCAGAGAAAAUGAUGUUUCACAGAGUCCUCCACUUCCAAUCCCACAUGGCCAGUGGAUUGUUGUCAAGUCACCAAAGCACAAUCCUCCCAUGCUAGAUGAUGCUCCUUUCACAGAUUUUAUUGGUGGACCAUUUACUAACAAGACAUCUACUCUGGAUUCCCAUGUGAAAUCGGAACCUGACUGUGGCAAAGACAUUGGCUCACAGGAACUUUCUUUCCCACAGUUCCAUGCUACUCAACUUCAAAGUGCAAUUCAGUCCAUUGAAGGUGACUCUUCCCUGAUUACUCAAUCUCAGCAUUGUAGCCAUGCCCUCUCUGAGUGUCAUGCUUGUGUUAAGUGUCCCAUGGUUCAUAGCGAUUUGAUUUUCAGUGACACACACCAGGGAAAAGUUCUGACAAAGGCAAUGAUAAAUUAUGACUACCUGGGCAACCUAUGGGUCCAAACAAAAGAGUGGAUCUAUCAGCACUUUCAUGAAUUGAAAAAAUUCCAUUUCAAACUGCCAUUGCCACUGCCUCCAAUCUAUAAAUCUAUCAGAAUGAAGGUUGCUGGCACACUGGCAUGCAAUAGUGAUGUGAAAAACAGUAGAAGUAUAGGAAUUUUCAAACGGUGACCCUUAUGGGUCUAAUAAAUUUUCUUGAAGGUACUUAGAGUAGGACCACUUUGCUUCAUCUCUGGCAAAAAUUCUGUUAUUAGUGCACAGUUUGAAGCAAAUUGCUCCUCUUGCUAUAGUAUAUGUACAGUAAAACCUUCUCAAAAGGAUAAACUGAGAUACUACAGUAUUGUACAGUAAAAUCUUGUCAAAAGGAUAGAAUGAGGAUUGGAAUCUGUACCUUCCCAGUUGAGCUUUCUAUUUAGGAUCCUGUUAUUGUUAAAUAGGAAAAACA